GAAAUGGCAAAGCAAGCGUUUUCUAACUGACGGACUAACUUGGGAAACGGAGAAGUGUGGUAGACUGCAAAUACAUAUAAAAAAGAUGUCCUCAGACGAAGAGGAACCGACCAGUCCUGUUCUGCCAAAGGACUCUGAUCGGGGGAGCUCGGUCUCCUCUGAGCUUCAGGAUGAGUAUGAGGAGCUCCUCCGAUAUGCUGUGGUCACCACUAGGCCUGACAGACCCACCAGUUCUCACGUGCAGCGGUUAGGCACCUCCCAUCUAUCUGCAGAGGCUCGGUGUUCCCAGAGAAAAGAUGACUCCAAAUCAACGCGCCCAGCAGAUACUGCGACUCAAGCUACAGAUGGAACUCGUUCGAGCAGGAGUGUGAGGUCAACACAGGUCUCCCCCUUAAUUGUUGAACCCUCCACACACUCAAGUGCCUCUCAGGCUGAGGAGACGGCAGGACGGUCGUCUAGCAGGGCGUCGGUGCCCUCUCACGCUGCCUCAGAGAGGGGACCGACGGUGUCUGAGGGGUCCGGGUCAAACAGCCCAGACCCCCUCGAGUCUGCUGUGACAGAAAUGUUUAUCUCGGAGGAAAACAUGAGCAAGAUGGAGAACAUUCUUGAUACGUGGAGCAACAACCUGAAGUCAAAUGUGCUGACGGAGCUCAGGAAGUGGAAGCUGGCCUUCAUGGAGAAACACAAGCUGGAGAUAAGGAAGGAGAAGGAGAGGUAUGAAGCCCAGUCAGCUGGCCUGAGAUCAGAGAUAGACGGCCUGAAGGGACUGCUACACACCUACGAGACCUCCAACCAGAGGAAAGACGAGGUGAUUGUGAACCUGAGCCAGGUGCUGGAGAGACAAAAAGAAAAGCAUGAAAAAAUGAGGGCCUUCACCCACUGGAGACUGAAGCUCAGUGAGGCCAAAGAGGAGGCUCAUGCUGCUCGGGUAGCCCAGCAGCACUACAAUCUGCAGCUGAAGAAGAAGGUGUGGUUCGGCUGGCAGACCCUGAUCCAGAAACACUGGAAGGUCAAGGUGGAGCGGGCCUGUCGCGCGCGGGCAGAAGAGGUGUGCACCCGCUUGUCUGCAGAGUACGAGGCCAAGCUGGCAGAGGAGCGGCAGCGACGGGCCUGA